GCCCGCCGUGGACUUCUUCACCCACGAGGUCAUGAUCCACCCGGUGACCAACCGCCCCGCCGACAAGAGGAGCUUCAUCCCCUCCCUCAUCGAGAAGGAGAAGGUGUCCAAGCUGGUCCACGCCAUCAAGAUGGGCUGGAUCAAACCCCGCAAGCCCCGGGACGACACCCCCACCUACUACGACCUGUGGGCCCACGAGGACCCCAACUCCAUCCUGGGCCGCCACAAGAUGCACGUCCCGGCCCCCAAGCUGAGGUUACCUGGGCACGAGGAGUCCUACAACCCCCCCCCCGAGUACCUGCUCAGCGAGGAGGAGGUGAGGGGGGGGCCCUGCAGCCCCCGGGAGCCGCUGGGAAAGGGCUGGGAAUUCGGGAAGCUCC